GCGGUGGCGCCGGGCCCGGCGCAGGCGGGGGCGGAGGCGCGAGCGGAGCAUGAAUGGGGCAAGAUGGCGGAUCAUGUGCAGAGCCUGGCCCAGCUGGAGAACCUGUGCAAGCAGCUCUAUGAGACCACGGACACGGGCACGCGCCUGCAGGCCGAGAAGGCGCUGGUGGAGUUCACCAACAGCCCCGACUGCCUGAGCAAGUGCCAGCUGCUGCUGGAGAGGGGCAGCUCCUCCUACUCGCUGCUGGCGGCCACCUGCCUUACCAAACUGGUGUCGCGCACAAACAACCCCCUGCCCCUGGAGCAGCGCAUCGACAUCCGGAAUUAUGUGCUGAACUACCUGGCCACGAGGCCGAAGCUGGCGACGUUCGUGACGCAGGCGCUGAUCCAGCUCUACGCCAGGAUCACCAAGCUGGGCUGGUUCGACUGCCAGAAGGACGAGUACGUCUUCAGGAACGUCAUCAACGACGUCACCCGCUUCCUGCAGGACAGUGUAGAGCACUGCAUCAUAGGAGUGACAAUCCUGUCCCAACUAACGAAUGAAAUUAAUCAAGCGGACACCACCCACCCCCUGACCAAGCACAGGAAAAUCGCCUCUUCCUUCCGAGAUUCCUCUUUAUUUGAUAUUUUCACCCUGUCCUGCAGUUUACUGAAACAGGCUUCUGGGAAGAACCUGAACCUGAACGAUGAGAGCCAGCACGGGCUGCUGAUGCAGCUCCUCAAGCUCACCCACAACUGCCUGAACUUCGACUUCAUCGGCACCUCCACGGACGAGUCCUCGGAUGAUCUUUGCACUGUGCAGAUCCCAACCAGUUGGAGAUCAGCAUUCUUGGAUUCUUCGACCCUUCAGUUGUUUUUUGAUCUUUAUCAUUCCAUCCCUCCUUCAUUUUCUCCUCUGGUUUUAUCCUGCUUGGUGCAGAUCGCCUCCGUGCGCCGCUCCCUCUUCAACAACGCCGAGAGGGCGAAGUUCUUAUCUCACCUGGUGGAUGGAGUGAAACGGAUACUGGAAAACCCCCAGAGUUUAUCAGACCCCAACAAUUACCACGAGUUCUGCCGGCUGCUGGCCCGGUUGAAAAGCAAUUACCAACUGGGAGAACUGGUGAAGGUGGAGAACUACCCCGAGGUGAUCCGGCUCAUCGCCAACUUCACCGUCACCAGCCUGCAGCACUGGGAGUUUGCCCCCAACAGUGUGCACUACCUGCUGAGCCUGUGGCAGCGCCUGGCCGCAUCCGUGCCCUACGUGAAGGCCACGGAGCCGCACAUGCUGGAGACCUACACGCCCGAGGUGACCAAAGCCUACAUCACCUCCCGCCUGGAAUCCGUGCACAUCAUCCUCAGGGAUGGCCUGGAGGACCCUCUGGAGGACACGGGGCUGGUGCAGCAGCAGCUGGACCAGCUGUCCACCAUCGGGCGCUGCGAGUACGAGAAGACGUGCGCGCUGCUGGUGCAGCUCUUCGACCAGGCCGCCCAGUCCUACCAGGAGCUGCUGCAGAGCGCCAGCGCCAGCCCCAUGGACCUGGCCGUGCAGGAAGGGCGGCUGACGUGGCUGGUGUACAUCAUCGGCGCCGUCAUCGGCGGCCGCGUGUCCUUCGCCAGCACGGACGAGCAGGACGCCAUGGACGGAGAGCUGGUCUGCAGGGUGCUGCAGCUGAUGAACCUGACCGACUCCCGCCUGGCGCAGGCGGGCAAUGAGAAGCUGGAGCUGGCCAUGCUCAGCUUCUUCGAGCAGUUCCGCAAGAUCUACAUCGGGGACCAGGUGCAGAAAUCCUCCAAGCUGUACCGGAGGCUGUCGGAGGUGCUGGGGCUGAACGACGAGACCAUGGUGCUGAGCGUGUUCAUCGGGAAGAUCAUCACCAACCUGAAGUACUGGGGCCGCUGCGAGCCGAUCACGUCCAAGACCCUGCAGCUGCUCAACGACCUCUCCAUUGGGUACAGCAGCGUGCGGAAGCUGGUGAAGCUCAGCGCCGUGCAGUUCAUGCUCAACAAUCACACGAGCGAGCACUUUUCCUUCCUGGGCAUCAACAACCAGUCCAACCUGACGGACAUGCGCUGCCGCACCACGUUCUACACGGCCCUGGGGCGGCUCCUCAUGGUGGAUUUAGGGGAGGACGAGGAUCAGUACGAGCAGUUCAUGCUGCCCCUCACCGCUGCCUUCGAGACCGUGGCUCAGAUGUUCAGCACCAACUCCUUCAACGAGCAGGAGGCCAAGCGCACGCUGGUGGGGUUGGUGCGGGACCUGCGGGGCAUCGCCUUCGCCUUCAACGCCAAGACCAGCUUCAUGAUGCUCUUCGAGUGGAUCUACCCCUCGUACAUGCCCAUCCUGCAGAGAGCCAUCGAGCUCUGGUACCACGACCCCGCCUGCACCACGCCCGUGCUCAAACUCAUGGCUGAGCUGGUCCACAACAGGUCCCAGCGGCUGCAGUUCGAUGUCUCCUCUCCCAACGGGAUCCUGCUCUUCCGGGAGACCAGCAAGAUGAUCACGACCUACGGGAAUCGCAUCCUGACGCUGGGCGAGGUGCCCAAGGACCAGGUGUACGCGCUGAAGCUGAAGGGAAUCUCCAUCUGCUUCUCCAUGCUGAAGGCGGCGCUCAGCGGCAGCUACGUCAACUUCGGCGUCUUCCGGCUCUACGGCGACGACGCGCUGGACAACGCGCUGCAGACCUUCAUCAAGCUGCUGCUCUCCAUCCCCCACAGCGACCUGCUGGAUUAUCCCAAGCUCAGCCAAUCCUACUAUUCCCUGCUGGAAGUGCUCACCCAGGACCACAUGAACUUCAUCGCCAGCCUGGAGCCCCACGUCAUCAUGUACAUCCUGUCCUCCAUCUCCGAGGGCCUCACCGCGCUGGACACCAUGGUGUGCACGGGCUGCUGCUCCUGCCUGGACCACAUUGUCACCUACCUGUUCAAGCAGCUCUCGCGCAGCACCAAGAAGAGAUCGACGCCGCUGGCGCAGGAGAGCGAUCGCUUCCUGCACAUCAUGCAGCAGCACCCCGAGAUGAUCCAGCAGAUGCUCUCGACGGUGCUGAACAUCAUCAUCUUCGAGGACUGCCGGAACCAGUGGUCCAUGUCCCGGCCCCUGCUCGGCCUCAUCCUGCUCAACGAGAAGUACUUCUCGGACCUGCGGAACAGCAUCGUGAACAGCCAGCCCCCGGAGAAGCAGCAGGCCAUGCACCUGUGCUUCGAGAACCUCAUGGAGGGCAUCGAGCGCAACCUGCUCACCAAGAACCGCGACAGGUUCACCCAGAACCUGUCGGCGUUCCGGAGGGAGGUCAACGACUCCAUGAAGAACUCGAGCUACGGCGUCAACAGCAACGACAUGAUGAGCUGACAGCCGCAGAGCCCAGCCCGGCCCGGGGCCGCCCCGGGGCCUCCCCCAGCCCAGGGAGGAGGGAGCAGCAGGUGGAGCUCACCUGGGCAGGUGUUUUCCCAUGGGAAGGGCAGAAUCCAGGUGCAGGAAUUCCAAGGUGUCUGUGUCUCUCUUUUUCCUUCCCUGGCCGGAAUGUGGAACCGGCGGCGCUCCGCUGCGAAAAGCCUGCCUUGUAUAAAAACAA